ACAAUAUAUCAUGAAGAGACUUUCAUGUGAUGAUUUUUGAUUGCAAAUGUUUUGAACACACCCACAUAUUAAAACCAAUAAUGUGGGACAAAAUGAUGCCAAAAUUGGCAGCAAUGUAAAAAAAAAUUGACGUCAUUCGACGUUUAAUUUUGGAAAAUGCUUGCCUGACAUAAUCUGCUAAUAAAAUAAAACUUGAAUAAAUGCCACCUAAUAUUAAAAAUGUUUUUGAAAGGAACAUUAUUAUGAGGCGUUCAGGCUCCCAUCAGAUCAUCCUUGGUGCUGCCUCCUGUUUUUUCUCCUCCAUGUAUGGUGCAUGGUUGUUUUAACCAACAGUUAUCCAACUGGAGCUGUGGCUUAAUAAAUAAUUAAAGUGGAGGAGGACUGAGAGGAGCUGCAGCUGAUUUGCUGAUGUCAGGCAGCCAGUGCAGCAUUUCAUGGUGCAGGGUGGAAACGCACGGUGCCUCCAUCUGCCUCCAUCGGUUGCUCUCUGCAGAAAACCUCACACAUGCUGCAGCCAGGCAAGAAACAUGCUGCCAACAAGUCUCAAGAUUUGGGCUUUGUUUUCUGUGUCGCUCUGCUUCCUGUCGCAACCGGGUCAUUCGAAGAAGGCUUUCCGAUGUCCUUCAACAUGCAGCUGCUCCAGGGAGUCCAUCAUUUGCGUCGGGUCCUCCUAUGUCCCAAGGAUUAGCCCCAACGACGUCAAUUCUCUGAGUAUCGUCAAUGGGACUUUCUCCGAGGUCAAAGAGGCAAUGUUUGCUCACAUGCCAUCCCUCCAGCUACUGCUUUUGAAUUCCAAUUCUCUUACAACUGUAAGGGAUGAUGCAUUCGCAGGCCUUCCACAUCUGGAGUAUCUGUUCAUUGAGAGUAAUAAGAUGGAGACUGCAGCCAAAUAUGCCUUCAGAGGACUCAGGGACUUGACUCACUUGUCUUUGGCAAACAACAACAUUAAAGCAUUGCCCAGGGACAUCUUCACUGACUUGGACUCACUGAUAGAGCUGGACCUGCGAGGCAAUGCCUUUGAGUGUGACUGCCGUGCCAAGUGGCUGAUGAUGUGGUUGAAGAACACCAAUGCCACAGUGUCGGAUGUCGUGUGUGCUGGACCAGAGGACAUGAAGGACAAGCGUCUCAAUGAUAUGACCAGCCUGCACAACGAAUGCAUCUCAACGGAUUUCGUCCUCCAUCAGUCCGUUGCAUCUGAGUCUCUGUCUGUUGACACAUUCAGCUAUAAGAAUGAUGUCUAUGUGACUAUUGCUGCUCCCAGCGCAGAGAGCUGUAUGGUUUUCCAAUGGGACCACAUAGAAAUGAACUUCAGGACUUAUGAUAACAUCACAGGUCAGUCCAUUGUGGGGUGCAAGUCAGUUGUCAUCCAGGACCAGGUGUUUGUCAUUGUGGCUCAGCUCUUUGGUGGUUCCCACAUCUACAAGUUUGAUGAGGACCAAAGCAGGUUCAGCAAGUUCCAGGACAUUGAGGUGUCCAAGAUCUCCAAACCCAAUGACAUUGAGGCGUUCCAGAUAGGCUCUGACUGGUUCUUUUUGAUUGCUGACAGCUCAAAAGCGGGCCUGUCCACCCUCUACAAGUGGAACGAUAAGGGCUUUUAUUCAUACCAGUCGUUGCAUGAGUGGUACCGCGACACAGAUGCAGAGUUCUUGGACUUGGAUGGGAAGGCCCACCUUAUCUUGGCAAGCCGCUCACAGGUGCCCGUGAUCUACCAGUGGAGCCGGAGCAACCAGAAGUUUGUCCUGCAGGGCGAGAUCCCCAACAUGGAGGAUGUUGUAGCUGUAAAGCACUUCCGGAUCAAGGAGGAACUCUACCUGGCUAUGACACGCUAUAUUGGCGACUCCAAAAUUCUACGUUGGGGUGCCAAACAGUUUGCGGAGAUCCAGGCCUUGCCCUCACGAGGCUCCAUGAUUCUACAGCCGUUCUCUUUCAAAGACCGUUACUACCUGGCCCUGGGAAGUGAUUACACCUUCUCACAGAUCUACCUGUGGGAUGAUGAGAACAAACUCUUUGACCGCUUCAAGGAGGUGUACAUCCAGGCACCGCGCUCCUUUACUGUGGUUUCCACUGACCGCAGGGACUUCAUCUUCACCUCUAGCUUCAAGGGAAACACACAGAUCUUUGAACACAUCAUCAUUGACUUGAGCUUGUGAGGGGCUGUGCUUUACUGCCCCUCCUGCAAUCGAACGUCUUCCACUAAAAAGAUACAUUUGUGAAGGGAAAAGAAAGGACCAGAACAGAUUUAAUAAACUGUUAAAUAUCAAUUCCUCCAUUCGUUUCUGUCCCAAAUGAGAGCUGGGUCAAGUGGUGUUUGGAAUCAUUUUAGUUUUGUGGCCUUGUACUAUUAUAGGUUCUCAUGGUGUCUCAGACUUUCGGAGAUCCGACCAUUUCACAAAGACUGAGAGGAGUCAAGAGGGUGGACAAUUGUACAAGGAGGCUGGUUUUCUCCUAAAAAAUCAAGCUGACAUGAAGAGGGAAAGAUUUGAGAUAUAAUUUGAUCUAUUUGGAUGUAUAUUUUGGUUAAAUAUCCCCUGUGCUUUUAUACCCCCCAAAAUAUACACCAGGACCUGAGAGAAAAAACAUAAUACUAAUUUUGUUUUGUUCUCAUUUGGGGCAUGUAAGAGGCGUGGUUGCUCAUCUAUGUGCCACUUAACUCAUGUCCUCGUACCGUAUGGUAAUGUACAGUUUGUUGCCUUAUCAGCACUGGGGUUCUGUGUUCUGCUGGGCCCGCAGUGCCUCCCUCUGGCUGUGAUAAAGUAUCACACCCCUUUGCUUUUUUUCCAUACAGGGAAUGUCUUGAAAGCACAAACCUUUAAUUAUCUUAGCCGAGACCCCAGCCCUUAGAGUGUAGUUGUGAAGUGGAAAAUGUUACUGUAGGUGCUAUAGAUUAUAUUGCGUACAGUAAAAAAAUUAAGAUGUGGUUUGUUGUUUUAGGAGGUGAAAUAUUCAGGACUGGAUAUAGCUAAUGCCUUUUCAGACAAUUACGUGAAUGGAAUAACCUUUUAGUCCAGAGUUUAGUGUUUAGGUGAUGUCAGGGACAUUAAGUUUGAAAAAAAUAACACUAGAUGUUGGACUACUGACAUAAUUUAACUUUUUUUAAACUAAAAAAAGCUCCUUCCCACAGAAGUGAGGACUCGCAUAACUAAAUUUGAAAAACGGACAUAAUUUGUUUGUCCAAAAAUGAAGGAAACAAAAUGUUUAUGUAAAUAUAUUCACUCAAGUUGAGAGGCUUUUUCCGUCUGUCACUCUGUUCUUACUAAUACUGAAUGUUGACUUACAAGCUACAAAUGUACAUAAAACAUGGACUGCAAUGCCACUACCUGUUUGUCACACAAAAACCUGAACGGAUCUUUGCACUUACUUUUAAAAAAAAAAUUAACAGCUUGCAAGAGCAUGACAUUCAAAAAAAGGGUGUUUGCCAACUUCUUUUUUAGAUGAACCUAACAAACUCCGAAGUCUAAAAGUACUUCUGCUCAUUAAUUGAAUGGUAUUGCAAUUUAAAAGAAAAAAACAUAAUGGAAUAUGCAAGCUUUACAACAUGCAGAUUCUUUUGUAUAAUUUUGUUUUAAGCAUAUUGAAUGUUACUCUCAAAACAUACUGUAAUCAUUUGAGUAUCAAAAUAAAUGUGUAAAAGUCU